UCCAACCACCAGAAAACGGCCAUGGAUAAUUCCCAUUUCCCCGACCACUCAAAAGAUGCUCUCCACGGCAUCCUCUGCUGCCCCAAAUCCAAAUCCGACGGACAGAAUCCCAUCAUCUCCGAACCCUAAAUCCGCCAAACUCGCGGCGGCAAUCGAUCGCCGCCGCCUUCUGCAGUCGGUGGCCGUCGCCGCCGCGAUUCCGUUCCUGGCGCCGCCGCAAAUUAUCAAUCCCGCCGCCCGUUAUGCGGCGGAGCUCUUCUCUUUGCCGGUCUCCGAUGCCCGUGGCCUCUUCCAAAUGCCUCCGCUUCGCCUCGUCAACAGGUACUAUCUGGUGAGAGCAGGGGAGUCUGAGUACGAGAGCUCGGGCAUAAUCAACACAAAUCCGGUGGCGAAAACAUCUGUCGACAACGGUUUGUCCGAAAAGGGGAAAAAACAGACGGUGAAGGCCGCGUUCAAGUUGAAAUCGAUGGGCGCGUGCGAUAGUAAUUGUUGGAUAUGGCCUUCCAUCACUCAGAGGGCUUAUCAGGCUGCCGAGAUCAUUGCUGCCGUUAGUGGGAUAAAUCGAAGUCAUAUUGUGCCGGAAUACAGCUUUUUGGAUGCUCGGGGAUUGGGAGCGUACGAAGGGAAGUCUCUCGAUUCUAUUUCCGAGGUCUACGCCUCGGACAGCCUUUCUCCGGCGACCAAGCCGCCCCCGAUAGGCGACGGGACGCCAAACGAGAGCAUCCAGGACGUGUUCGUCCGCGUAACCCAACUCAUGUCGAUUCUCGAGACGCAAUAUUCUGGCGACACGGUCGUUAUAGUGUCGCCCGACUCUGACAAUCUGACGGUGUUGCAAGCCGGUUUGGUCGGGCUUGACCUUCGAAGGCAUAUGGACCUCGCUUUCGAGCCAGGGGAGGUGCGGAUGGUCGACCCGAGUAGCGUGCCGAGGUACAAGCCGCCGGCGUCGGCGGUGUACAAAUGUUUUAAUCCCCCGAAUUGCACCUGAGUUUCUUCGAUGCUCUUGUGUAUGAUCGAUAUCGAAAUUAAAAUCGGAAAAAUUAUGUAUAGGUGAAAUUGUAAAGUUCUCUAUAAUUUUGAUCAAUAAAAUGAUGAACGUUUCAAAAAAUUGGAAAAAUUAAGGGUUUGU